AUUUCUCGCGGGGGUAGAUACUAGUGCUGUAACAAUGAUUUGGGCGAUGUCAGAACUCGUUAGAAACCCUAGAGCAAUGAAGAAAGCUCAGGAAACGAUUCGAACCACCCUUGGGGACAAAAAGGAAAUAAUCACUGAAGAUGAUCUAGGCAAAGUUGAUUACUUGACGCUCAUAAUCAAGGAAACAUUCAGACUACAUCCAGCACUUCCAUUUAUACUCCCAAGAGAAACAAUGUCUCAUGUCAAGAUCCAAGGCUACGAUAUUCCCCCGAAAACGCAAAUUCAAAUUAACGUAUGGACAAUCGGACGUGACCCAGAGCGUUGGACUGACCCCGGAGAUUUCAUCCCUGAACGGUUUAUUGAUAGUUCUGUAGAUUUCAGAGGACAACAUUUUGAGCUGUUACCGUUUGGUUCUGGUCGGAGGAUGUGUCCCGCGAUGCCAAUGGGGGUUGCUACUGUGGAACUAGGAUUGAUGAAUUUGCUUUACUUUUUCGAUUGGGCAUUGCCUGAUGGAAUGAACUUUGGAGACAUUGAUAUGGAAGAAACUGGUAAUAUCUCCAUUGUCAAAAAAGUACCUCUUCAACUUGUGCCCCUUCAA